AUGGAACCACAAAACCGUCAUCCAACCGAGGAUGAAGGAAGCAACAAAGCCGCCGAGAGUAGUCCUAACAUGCAUUGCAAGCAGAGUAACACCAGGUGGCUUCCUACUACAGAUCAGAUAAGAAUCCUCAAGGAGCUUUACGAUGACAAGGGAGUUAAGUCCCCCACUGUAGAGCAGGUUCAGAGGAUCACUCUCCAGCUAAAAUGGUACGGACAGAUCGAGAACAAGAACGUCUUUUAUUGGUUCCAGAAUCAAAGGGCUCGGGAGAAGCUGAAAAAGAAGAAUCUCACUUCAGAUGUUCAAGUUCCCAAGCAAAGAUCAGGGCUUGUUGGUGGAUCCAUUAAUCUCAAUUUUGGGUCAACUAGUUCUGCUGAUACUAUUUCCGACGGAGGUGGUGGUCACGGUGGUGGCUCUUACAUUUCCCUUGAGCUCAGCCUUUCCUAUGAGGGCAAAGCUGGAAAAAGUUUCCUGAGCCGCUGA